AUGAAUCACAACACCAACAUCCACUUUGGGAACCGGACACUGAUCCCACACGAUCUCCACGGCCGGAGUUACCAAGACCCAGCCGUAAGCAUCGUGCCACAUCCGUUCCCUCCCAACCGCGCUCAUCCGACGUUUGAAGGACCUAGCCGAGACGAGCAUCAUUACCAUCAUCAUCAAAACCGACCUCCGGUUUAUCAUCAACCACCUAGACCAGUGUUGCAUUCACACCACGACCAUGUUCUCAAUAGGCGGAGAGAUAGCCAUUUCGAUGCCGUGCUUGAGGGUUUCAUGGAGAGCCAAAGAAGAACUAGCCGCGACAUUGAGACAAAGCUAGAGUUCACGCGAUACGAACUAGAUGGAAGACUUGGAGAACUCUCUACCCAAAUAGAGAGAGUAGAGUCAAGAUGCUUGGACAUGGAGGAAGAUUUGAAGAAGCAAGGCGAGGCCAUUGAAGACAAUAGGAGAGCGAUACACUUUACCAAAGUUUCUACCAAGGAGAUGGAUAAUCACUUAGAUGAGAAGAUCUCAAGUCUUGAUAACAACCUCGAUGGCACCACCAAGAGUCUCAAUUCAAUAACAGCAGUAGCUCAUCAAGCUAAGAGGGAGGUAGCCGAAGUGACACUAAAGGAGAGGCAAUGUUACUCGACAAUGCUUACAUUGGUGGAAGGGCAAAAACAAGUGAAGGCACAAAUCCGAGAUUUACACAUCUCUCUAGACAAGAGGAGCCAAGAUAUUCAAAGAAGAGCUAGAGGGCUUGAAGACAAAGUAGAUGGAGUCUCCAAGGAAGUCAAGGAUUUAACCACUCGCUUAGCCAACUUGGAAGAGAAGGUCUUGACCGAGACAAAGACGACCGUUCCUAAGCAAAACUAUGCCGCGCCCGUCUUUACUAUAAGAGAGACCGACCCAAGAGUGAUUUGGGAUGAAGAAGAAGAGUAG